AUGUCCGACGUCACCCCUCCUGAUGACUGGACCGACUGCCUUGUAUGCGAAACCACUUUCCGCAGCGCAGACUUCUCUUCUAGGAGGGCGACCCGUUACCAAGGUCACUGUCCCAAGUGCAGUAAGGAGCUUCGAGCCAUUCUCACUGCAAGUAAGACUGGCAGCAGUGCUAGCACUGGCGACGGCAACGGGGACGGGGACGAAUCUACCAGCAAGUACAUGCAGGCUUUAGCCAAAGAUGACCUGGAAAAGUACCGGAAGGUUUUUGUCCUCUAUUCAGAAGUCACUGAGACCAUCAAGAGAGCCCGGACAGGAACUGGCUGGAAGGCGCUUCGGCACAGUGCCUACAUCCAGUACUACACAAGCGAACUCCCACCAGAGGAUCGCUUGACCCGACAAGAGGCAGAGCUUGCUUGGAUUCGCGAUGUGAACCCCCAAAAUGCAGCCACAGAAAAGGAGAUGAUUGAAAUCUACAAUGCCAAGACUGGCCGAACGGAGAAGGUGCAACACGUGUGGGUGCAAACGGCCAUCAGCAAGCACAAGGAGCACAUCCACGAUGACAAGAGAUCUGCAGCAGUGGUUGAGCAGCAAAAUGACGCGAAUUCAAAGACAGCCCUGGCUGCCAAACAGCGGGUUCUGUCUUUCCUCACCAUGAGUGCAGAUGACAACUUCUUUAAGUCAGCGGAGAUGAUCUUGGAGGCCACUCUUGAUGAGACGUGCAUCCUACCAUCGACAGGGGAUGGAAGGCGUGGUAGCAAGGGACGCAAGCCGAGGAGUUCCACCAAGAAGGAGGCCAAGAAGGUAGAUAUCCCAACCCAUCGGUUGCGCACGGCCACGAAGACCAUCACACAGUUGAAGUUCAUCCAGGCCUCGUUCAGGGAUAUUGACGGCAAGAUUCAGGGCUUUUAUGGUGAUCACAACGAGAUGCGGGAGAAGGCCCAAGCUUUGAAGUCCAGCGGCGUCAAUGAGGACCGUAUCAUGACCGAUGCAAGCCUCAACCUUCAAGAUUCCACGGCCCUUGUCAGGCUGAUGUACACUGUGAUUGACAGGCAUCGCCUUCUCCAGAUUCUCAGUCUUGGUUCUGACUGCAUGAAACUCGAUGGGCUUCCUGAUGUACUGAGAGAUGACGUUGACCAUGCUACCCUCAACGCUAUAAACAUGUUGAAGGGUGACCCUUUCUUGGCAGAGAACGCUCAAGACAUCAAGUCCUACUUUGAGUUCAGAAACGUCGAGGUACUUUUUGAAUCGCUGACUGACAAGGAGGAGAUUGACAACCUUCACGAAGACAUCAAGAAUGUGAUAAAGUCUGUCAAAACGUGCGUGACAGCCAUUCGCAGGACCAUGAGUGACUAUGUUCAAAUGGUCAAGUCCACUACAAAAGCCAGAGAGAAGUUCGAGGAGCAAAUUGCCAAGGCCAACAACCAGAAGGCCACACAUGGAGGGCUCCAUGGCCGGCCCAAUCUUCAGAACAUCCUGGACACAGACCCUGAGGUUUUGAAGCACUUCAAGUGA